AUGUUGGGUACUAUUUAUCUUGCCCUUGCAGCAUCUUUGGCCGUAUCGCAUGCCCUUCCGGGGGUUUCGGCGGCCCACAAGACUUGUUCGGAUCCAUGGGCAAGAGUCUCCCCUGCCAAAGGCGCGGUGGUGGUUGAUAAUAGCGCCAAACCGUACCCAGGCUCCUUCUCGACCGUACAGGCCGGGGUUGAUGCUCUGAGUAAAACGGCUACCGCUCCGCAGUCUCUCUUUGUCUUCCCGGGAACCUACGUCGAGCAGGUUUAUAUUCCACGUCUUGCAUCCAACUUGACUGUCCAAGGAUAUACCUGCAACUCCAAGGGAUACGAGGACAAUACGGCCACGAUAACCUAUAAUCUAGCCCUUAUUAACACCACCAGCGAUGACUUGACCGCAACCUUGCGCCAAUGGAAUCCGAACACCAAGGUGUACAACAUGAACAUUGUCAACACCUUUGGCCAUAUUCCCAAGAAUGGUCAGAAUCUUGCCGUGUCCGCGGAGACUACUGGCCAAGGUUACUACGGCUGUCAGCUGAUUGGUUAUCAGGAUACUCUGCUUGCUGAGACUGGCUCCCAGCUUUACGCCAAAAGUCUGAUUGUCGGUGCAGUGGACUUCAUUUUUGGACAGACUGCACUGGUAUGGCUCGAGGGCAUUGACAUUCGAACCAUCGCUACUGGAUGCAUCACUGCUUCUGGCCGUAGCAGCGCCAGCAACCCGUCAUGGUACGUGAUCAGCCGCUCGAGCGUAUCGGGUAUCAACGACACCAUCUCGGCGGGGACCAACUACCUCGGUCGUCCCUGGGGAUCCUUUGCCCGUGUGGUCUUCCAGGAGACCUAUCUGGGUAAUGUUAUCGCCGCUGCCGGCUGGAAAGAAUGGUCCACAACGACCCCCAACACCGGCAACGUGACUUUCGCCGAAUACAACAAUUACGGCCCUGGAUCUGUGCUACAGGAAGGCCCUCGAGCGAGUUUCAGCGAACAGUUGACUGCACCCAUUUCCAUCCAGUCCAUUCUCGGCGAGAACUUCAAGAACGAAUGGUGGAUCGACACCAGCUAUCUCGACCCGAGCGAUUUGAAAGUUACAAAGACCCAUACUACUACCUCCGUGGGUACCACAUCUACUACGAAGUCGAGUGGAUCAACGGAAACCACUGCAACCACCGCUGCUGGGUCGGUCAUCACAGUCUCGACUUCUGCCAGUGCUGCAAGCUCCUCUGCUGUCGGUACUUUGACUACCUCUUCCACCACUUCAACUAUUCUGACGACUUCAGCUGUCGCAAGCUCCUCUCUGGCCGCCAGCCUGACUACAUCCUCUGCAACCUCAUCGGCAACGUCCGGCACCCCUUGCGUUUGCACUGACUACUCUGAAAUCUCGACUGCCGUCGCAUCUUGUACCAAUAUCGUUCUGUCCAAUAUUGCUGCUCCCAAUGGAUCCGCCAUCGACCUCUCUGGACUUCAGACCGGCACCACAGUGACAUUUGAUGGACUGACGACUUUCGGUUUUACCAAUUCCUCCAGCUUCGACCCAAUCACUAUAAGCGGCGCUGGUAUCACGGUCACUGCUAAUCCAGGAGCAGUCAUCGACGGCAACGGACAGGCAUACUGGGAUGGCCUUGGAUCUAACGGUGGCGUCCCGAAACCAAAUCAUUUCAUUGUUGUCAAGAAGGUGACCGGGAACUCAGUCAUCAAGGACUUAUACAUCCAGAAUUGGCCUGUACAUCUCUUCUCCAUUUCAAGCUGCUCCGAUGUUGUUUUCCAAGACUUGGUCUUGAAUAACACCGCAGGAAACGCUCCAAACAGCAGAAGCGGUACCUUGGCUGCUGCGCACAAUUCGGACGGUUUCGAUGUCAGCAGCUCGACUAAUAUUGUGAUUGAGCGCAGUGUUGUCUGGAACCAGGACGACUGCGUGGCAAUCACCAGCGGGAACAAUAUGACCGUAUCCAACCUCGAGUGCCAUGGUGGUCACGGCCUCUCGAUCGGUUCUGUAGGCUUGAAGUCUAACAACAAUGUGACCAACAUCCUGUUCACGGAUUCAUCUGUCUUCGACUCUCAGAACGGCUGUCGGAUCAAGACUAACUACAAUGCGACUGGUUUUGUCGCCAACAUCACCUACUCCAACAUCGCCCUACAGGAUAUUUCCAUUUACGGCAUCGAUGUGCAGCAAGACUACCUGAAUGGCGGUCCGACAGGAAAUCCUUCCAACGGCGUCCUCAUUGAGGGCCUGCUCUUCCAGAACGUCACUGGAACUGCCACCUCUUCUGCGCAGGACUACUACAUUCUCUGUGGAGAUGGUUCUUGUUCUGACUUCACCUUCACUGACGUCUCGAUUACUGGUGGCUCCGUGGCCAGCAGUUGCAACUACCCAGCCAGUGGGUGUCCUUCCUGA